AUGUCUCUCACCCUCAAAAUCGCGUCCCUGGCGAUCAGGACCUUGGCCAAACCAAUCGCUAACUACAUCAAACGCAAUGCCCGAGAGCACGAGCGGUUCCGCAAAGUCUGCGUCAACUUUGCGCAACGGCUUCACCGUAUCGACAUCAACAUGCGGCUCGGCCUCCUCCAAGACACAGCGGCUAUCGACCGACAGGUUGCCAGGGAGAAGGCAGACGCGGACGCUAAGAAGAAGGCGGCACAGAUACCUACAGUGAAGACCGAGGCUCAGGCGAAAGCAGAUGAUGAAGCCGCCUCCAAAGCCGGUGAUGCAGGUGCCGACAAGAAGCCCAAGCCACGCGUACGGCCACUAUCCGAAGCGAAGGCUAUCGAGACGGGGGCGAACUUCAUAUCCGAGAGCUUCAUGUUCAUGGUGGCAGGCGGCAUCAUCAUGUUUGAGUCGUGGAGGUCGAGGAGGAAAGCGAGCAACGCACGCGAGAACCUGGAUGACCGGAUAGACGUCCUGGAGGCAGAGAGAGAAGAGAUGAAGGCAACUUUGAAGAAGCUGGAGUCCGAACUGGAGACGCUACGGGCUCAUGCGGGCGAGCCGCCGGCUUCACACCGUCAUAAGAAGAUUAGUCCAAGAAUCCAGAAACCCACGCCCUCAACCCACACAACACAGUCCGGCUCAAACCCAUCGCGAUCACCGCAAUUACCGCAAACACCGCAACCGCCGUAA